AUGCAACCAAUCAUUUUAUACUCCCACGAUAUCGGCCCGAAUCCCUGGAAAGUAGCAAUUAUCCUUUCAGCCCUGGGACUCGAAUACAAGACUGUUUUUGUCAGCUUCGAUGAAGUCAAACUUCCCCCUUUCACCGAUAUCAACCCGAACGGCCGUCUCCCAGCCAUCAUCGACCCAAACCAAAAGAUCACGCUGUGGGAAUCCGGCGCUAUCGUCGAAUAUCUCAUCGACAUGUACGAUGUCUCACACAAACUGAGCUACGAAACCCUCCCCGAAAAAUACCACACCCAGCAAUGGCUCCAUUUCCAGAUGUCCGGCCAGGGUCCUUACUAUGGCCAACUGUUCUGGUUCAAACAGCAGCCUACGCCUGAGUCUGUUGCUAUCAAGCGGUACGCCAAUGAAAUUAGACGGGUAACCGGUGUUUUGGAGAAAGCACUGGAAGGUCGGGACUGGCUUGUUGGGGACAAAUGUACUUAUGCAGACUUGUGCAUGGUACCUUGGCAGGAUCUGGUGCCUAUGUACUAUGCAGAGGAGGUUGGAGAUAUCCUGCGCGACUUCCCUGGUGUUAGUGCUUGGAUGGGAAGAAUGAAGGAAAGAGAGGAUGUGCAGAAGGUUCUGCGCGAGAAGAGCGAGGCUAUGGAGAAGAUGGCGGCCCAGAAAUAG